CAUUCACGCUCUUUCACGCUUUUCUCGCCGACCAAUGUCCGCACCUGAUUCAAACCCGCCCGAUGAGAAGGAUGAGAAGAAGCUCGAAGUCGAGGUUCAGUCCAGCACAAAGUCGAGUGUGGAAUCUCAGUCCCCCGUCGAAAGCAAAGUCAGCGACGGGCUAACAGAUGAAGAGAGGGAGUUGGUUCGACGCGCCAAGCUCAAGCUGGAUCUCACCUUAAUGCCUGUGAUGGCGAUGUUCAAUUUCCUUGGUUAUUUGGAUCGCACUAAUAUCGGCAAUGCUCGCAUCGCCGGAAUGCAAUCCGACUUGAGCCUGACCGACAAACAAUUCUCGAUUGCUAUAGCUGUUUUCUAUGGCCCGUAUAUUUUAUCAGAGCUACCUUCGAAUCUCGUACUCAAAAAGAUUGGGCCUAACUUUCUACUUCCUGCGGUCUUGACCGGUUGGGGGAUUGUCGUUCUUGCCCAGGGUUUCGUGAAAAAUUAUGGUGGCCUUCUCGCCAUUCGUCUUGUGCUAGGACUGUUGGAAGGCCCUAUGUUUCCGGGAAUCGUCCUCUAUCUAUCAGGAUUCUAUACCCGGAAAGAACUGUCUCUGAGGAUUGCUUACUUCGCGUCUUCUGCGUCUGUUGGAGGUGCCUUCUCCGGUUUACUGGCGGCUGGAAUCACGCGAAUGCACGGGAAAUCGGGGCUCCCUGGGUGGCGAUGGAUCUUCAUCAUUGAAGGAUUAAUUACCCUUGUAGUCGGGCUCAUAGGCUUCUUCCUCGUCCCCGCCAACCCGGAGAAGUCAAGGGUCCUUUCGCCAGCGGAGAAAAAGUCUGUAGCGAAACUUCUUGAAAUGGACCGGCCUCCGAUAGGAGCAGACGAGAAAUUCAAUCCGAAGGAGAUCGUUCGCUCUAUCACCUCACCCCACGUCUUCUUCGUUUUCGUCGUGUUCAUUCUGGGAGGAAGCAUAUACAACGGGCUGGCUGUUUUCGUCCCAACCAUCAUCAAUGAUUUGGAUUUCACAGCUAACGAGAGUCAGCUUUUGAGCGUUGGACCUUUUGCCGUGGCUUUCGUCGUCAGCAUCAUUGGAUCAUGGAUUUCUGACAGGUUCAAUCGACGUGGUCCCCCUCUUAUUGUCCUUGCCACCAUUCUAACCAUCGGUUGGGUAAUCUUCUACGUUUCACAAAAUAAUUGGCUCAGCUAUGCGUCUUUCUUCUUCAUGGUUCCUGGCAUCUAUGCCUGUACGCCGAUCGCGGCAGCCUGGUUGUCCAACAACUCCGAGCCCUACUUCAGAAGGGCAACCAGCAUUGCAUUUGCGUUCAUGGCCACCAAUGUCGGGGGCAUAUUCAGCACUACACAAUUCCCUAGAAAGGACGCGCCCAGGUACCGGACAGCGACGAUAACGAACCUCACGUUCUCCGUCAUCAUUACCCUUAGCGCAGCGACGAACAUGCUUCUCCUCCGAUGGAUGGACUCGCGGAAAGCUCGUAAUCGGGACAAGAUUCUGGCUCCAUUCAUUAAUGAAAGCGACUCGGAUGGAACUGGGAAGGAAGCGUGGCUGGAGCUUGGUGACAAGCAUCCUGACUUCAAGUAUACACUGUAG